GAAACCGCAGCGUACAUCAUAAACAACGUCGGCCUUCAAAUCUCUCCCAGAAGCCCAGUGGACAGCGGGACACCCGUGUCCAUCCGCUGCCAGGUCAGCGUCAGCAGCAGCAGCAUCUCUAAACUGACGCACCAGUUCCUGCUCACGCGGGACGAUGUUCCCAUCCACUCCUCCAACACCACAGAAGAGUCGGUGGAAUAUGCCCUCACACCGGCAAGAGCGGCUGACUCAGGAACCUACGAAUGUAGAGUCACAGUUAAGGACAAGAGCAGGAGCAGCAUCAGCCAGAAACUGGACGUUACAGGCCUGCAGACCCCCAAACUGAGCCUGAAUAAUUUAACACCCUAUGAGAAUGAGGAGUUCGUGGCCACCUGCAGUGCCCCAGAGGAGAAAGGGCCCUUAAAAUUCCAUUUCUACCAGAGAUUCAGGACUGGAGAGCCUGAGAUGAUAAAGCAGCUGCAGACGGCUGGGAAUUCCUCGGAGGCCACUCUGAAAAUCCGCCACAUUGGAGAAUGCUUUCUGUCCUGUGACUAUGAGAUCAGUAUGGUUUCUGAGAACAGACGGUCCAAUCUUAGCGAUGAGAUACAAGUGCUAAUCAAAGUGCUCAACAUUGUUCCUGUGAUGAAUAUCCUGCCCUCCCAAGUUGUGUUUGAGGGAGACACUGUAGAGGUCAUCUGUAGAGUGAUGGACAGCCGUUCGGAGCAGAUUGAAGUGUUUCUUGUGAAGGACAAACAAAUUCUCAAGAAAUCUGGCUUAGCCCUCAGUCAUCGGUUUGUUGUUAAAGAAGGGGACUCGGGGGAGCUUGUUUGCAAGGCAGAGUGGGGAAAUGUCCAGAAAGAAAAAAAUCAAGCUAUCACGGUCAAAGAGCUGUUUUCAAAGCCCCAGCUGACUGUUGAGCCCACUGAACUGUUUGAAGGAGAUCGUUUCAAACUGACCUGCUCUGUCUCUAUUUACAUUCCUGAGAGGAUCAGCAAUGAAACCAUGAAAUUCUCCUUCUACAAGGACAACAUCCGAAUGGAGCUGGACGAUGAAACCACAAAAUUCACCACGUACAAAAAUAACGUUCAACAGAUCAGUGUGGAGACUAAAAUUAUUGUGGUGAACUUUAAAAAAAAUGGCAACUACACCUGCAAAGCCCAGACCUCCUCUCUGACCCAUAAUUUUGUUAAGGAGAGCCAAAGACGUGUUAUUCAAGCCAAAGUUCCUGUUUCUGAACCUGUGCUGAGCGUCGUAGGGGGCACGCUGUUUUUGGGGAAGCCGUUCCGAUUGCUCUGUCACAGUGAAAGAGGCUCUCUACCCAUCACGUACACCUUGCAAAUCCCCAACAGUCUACCUGAGAACCAAGUCGUUACCAAGCUAGGCGAACAGGCCAUCUUCAAGCUCCCAGGCAUCCUCAAGAAAUCGGAUGUAGAAAAAUUUCUUUGCCAUGCCAAAAACAGUCUUAGGAGGCCUCCCCAGAUUGGAUCAGGAGAGCAAUUGCUGCGCUCAGCCAGAAUAAUAGAGCCGGUGUCAAAACCAGUGUUGACCAUUCAACCCAACUCUGGAGAUGUUUCUGAGGGGCAGAGCGUCAGCCUCGUGUGCUCCGUUCUUAGUGGCAGUCCUCCUAUUAACUUCACCUGGUACCACAGUGAAACCGUGGGCGCUCUUGCUUCCUUAUCUACCAAUGAAAUGAAAGGAACCCACAGCAUACCCAAUCUUAGAGGAGAGCAUGGAGGGAACUACUACUGCGUGAGCACAAACCUGGCCAAGGAAACCAAACAAAGUCUCACCGUGGCAAUUGGAGUGAAGAUGGCUGGUUGGAAGAAAGGUCUUAUUGCAAUCUUCUGCGUGCUACUUUUACUCGUGAUCCUUGUUAUUGCCUUCAAAUCACGCCUCCUUAAAUUCAAGAGGAAAAGGACUGGCCAGCUCUCAGUGAAGUCAGCCAGCACCAAAACAGAGAGACUGAGCCUCACCCAGGCAGAAAUGAACGAAGCUGCCAAUGUAACACCCGGCAUGAUGGGAAAAAGUGUUUGGAGUGAACACGUUUCAGGCUCUGAUACUGAUGACCAGAACAGUGUGACUAUACCAGACAAGCCAGAACCUCAGUACACAGAAGUGCAAACAAGAGAGGCAGAUCCCAACAGAGCUCCAGUGAAACAGGGCACCGACACUGUGUACAGCGAAGUGCGCAACUCUGUGCAAGGUGUUCCAGAGCUGACUGAUGGUGCGUCAGUGGAAUACGCACAGCUGAAUCGUGACGACGAACAGCACAAUGACCACAGUAACCAUGGUGACGACAGUGUGAAUAACGACCACACAACUGAGACUGACAACAGUGUAAGCGUUGAUGUGGGUGAUCAGGGGGGAGAAACAUGCGACUCAGUGCCUGACUGCUGAAGUAUAUUUGCUCCCUUAUUUAUCCAUCUUCUUCAUGAAAAUGGAAUGUUUUUGUACAACAAUCAGAAAAGCUCCUCGUUUAAGCAUUUGCGUUCUGUACUUCCUAUAUCUAAAAUGCUUUUUGAAAAGAAAAACGAAAAACUUUUCUUGCCUUGGUUUUUAAGCAAUGAUUAAAUGGUUUUGUA